AUGGUGAACCUUGGGUUAGCACGAAUCAGUGCUCUACUCAAGCAGACCCCACAGACAUGGAAAGCCAUUCAUGUUGCUGGAACAAAUGGCAAGGGUUCGAUAUGCGCAUACCUAACUGCCAUGUUGCGCGCCAAUCAGAUCUCAUGUGGUAGAUUUACCUCGCCUCAUCUCAUAGACCCCCGGGAUUGUAUUACUAUUAAUGAUAGCAUCGUGUCUGAGAGCAAGUUCAAGCACUUCGAAGAUUUGGUCAAGAGAAGAAACACAGAGCAGAAGAUUGGCGCUAGCGAGUUCGAGCUCCUCACGGCCACAGCCUUUGAGAUAUUCGAAUCUGAGAAGGUCGAGUUUGGCAUAAUCGAAGUAGGGUUAGGCGGAACUCUUGACGCUACAAACGUGUUAAAACACAAGUGUGUCACCGUCAUUUCCAAGAUAGGUCUCGACCACCAAUCGUUUCUGGGUAAUACUAUCGAGGAGAUUGCUCGUCAAAAGGCAGGCAUCAUGAGGGAAGAUGUCCCUUGUGUUGUUGAUGGCAGCAAUUCGAAGUCUGUUCUAGAUGCUCUACAGAAGCAUGCCGAAGAGACAGGUAGCAGCAUUAUUUUCGCGGAUGCCGAAUCCAAUGAGCUCGUGAACAAGUUACGAGAUACCCUCGAACCACAUCAACGACAAAAUCUGGCAUGUGUAUAUGAAGCCUUCAGACUCGCAUUUCCGCAACAUGCUAUCUCUAUAGAUAGCCUCGUUUCUGCUGCACGGAAUGUUGUAUGGCCAGGCAGAUUGCAGUGGGUGAGCCUUGAAAAGAUCACAAACAGAAAGGGUAAUAUUUUACUUGAUGGGGCUCACAAUCCUCAGUCCGCGGAAGCACUCUCCGGUUUUGUUCAAAAACACCUACGGUCCCAAAACAAACCGGUCACCUGGGUACUCGCUGCUACCCGAGGAAAAGACAUAUCGGAAAUGCUGAAACUGAUACUACGCGACGGUGAUUCCAUAGCAGCAGUCGAGUUCGGCCCUGUUGACCAGAUGCCAUGGGUCCAGCCUACAAGCUCGACAGAUCUGCUUGACACCGCGAGCAAAUGUGGUGUUGCAAUUUCGUCACAGUUCGACGCAUCUACAAAUGUACGCUCGGCCCUCGAGUGGGCAAGUCAGACCGCGAACGAAGGACCGCUUGUUAUUGCAGGAAGUCUCUAUCUAGUCCACGCGAUGUCCCCCAAACAGCCCAAACAUUUAAUCAUCGUAUGCUGCCAUGGAAUCUGGCUUGGUGGUCCCGCACGAGGCCAUGACGAAAAUGAAUGGCUCAUCGCCGAAUUUCAAAAAGGCGAAACACCAACUUUCAUCGAGCAUAUCAAGGCCGGACUGCAGGCCUUGAAAGAGAACCAGAACUCCGUCUUAACGUUUUCCGGCGGGCCCACGCGAAAAGAAACACACAUAUCCGAAGCUAGCAGUUAUAUGAAUCUAGCUAUCGCCAAUGGUUUCUUUGGGAUUCUCACCGAAGAUGAAACUGUAGACCGGCUACACAGCGAAGAGCGAGCGUUGGAUUCUUAUUACAACGUCUUAUUCUCUCUCACCAAAUUCUGGUCUGGCUACGGAACGUGGCCUGCGACAAUGACCAUAGUUAGCCACGCUUUUAAACGUGAGCGUCUGGUCGACUGCCAUUGCGGUGCUAUUGGAUUUCCACUGGACCGAACUAAUUUCGUCGGCGUGGAUCCGCCUGGUAUGGUCGAUGGAACAAAUGAAGCUGCUAUCAAAGGUAUCGUUGAAGCAAUUACCCAGUGGAAAGAGGACCCUCAUGGAAAAGGUGAGCUUCUGGCUGGUAAGCGCAGGAAAAGAAACCCAUGGGGCGUACCCCAAACACUCUUCCUUAACGAAGACGAUCGGAUUCGCAGUGGCGUACACGGAGAGAACUCGGUUUGCGAAAGGAGCCAUAUCCUCCUUUUUUCGCAGUCGUCCGUGGUGCAGCCAUAG